GUUGAGGUGGGGCUGAGGCAGCUGCUCAUAGGUGCCCGGCCCACCGCACCACUCACCGGCCGCUCUGGCCUGGGCUGGGUAGGAGAGGCGGGGCGAGAGACUGACGACGACCCGCAGGGAAUGUGGAAGCCAGGACAGGAGCUGCGAGGGAGAGAAGCUGGGAAGCUAGUGCUCGGUUGACAGCAGCAGCUGAUGCCACCUCAAAGAAUCCCAACCCCACAAGGCUAAACUUCAAGAAGAACCUUUCUACACGUCUUGAACAUGGCUGGUGGAAUCACAGAAACGGGGGAGCUUUAUUCUCCAUAUGUUGGACUGGUCUACAUGUUCAACCUGAUUGUAGGUACUGGCGCCCUCACCAUGCCCAAGGCUUUUGCCACUGCUGGUUGGCUUGUCAGCCUCGUCCUUCUUCUGUUCCUAGGCUUCAUGAGCUUCAUGACCACAACCUUUGUAAUGGAAGCCAUGGCAGCAGCCAAUGCUCAGCUUCGUUGGAAGAGGAUGGAAAGCCAUAAGGAGGAAGAUGAUGAUGAUUCCUCUACAGCUUCUGAUAACGAUGUUCUCAUCCAGGAAAACUAUGAUCGGUCAGAGAAACAGCCCAUCUUGUCUGUUCAGAGACAUGGAUCUCCUAACAUUUUUGAAAUUGCCGAUCGUGUGGAGAUGGGACAAAUGGCCUCUAUGUUCUUCAACAAAGUGGGAGUCAACCUGUUCUAUUUUUGUAUCAUUAUCUACCUUUAUGGGGACCUAGCUAUCUAUGCUGCAGCUGUGCCAUUAUCUCUUAUGCAGGUGACCUGCAGUGCCACUGGCAAUCACUCCUGUAAUGUAGAAGCCAGCACCAAGUACAAUGACACAGAUGUGUGUUGGGGCCCCAUCAGACGAAUUGACGCCUACCGCAUCUACCUGGCUGUGUUCACACUACUUCUUGGACCUUUCACCUUCUUUGAUGUCCAGAAGACCAAAUACCUCCAGAUCUUGACAUCUCUGAUGAGAUGGAUUGCCUUUGCCAUCAUGAUCAUCCUGGCACUGAUCCGCAUUGGACACGGGCAAGGAGAAGGGCAUCCCCCCAUAGCAGACUUCUCUGGGAUCCGCAACCUGUUUGGGGUAUGCGUCUACUCUUUCAUGUGCCAGCAUUCGCUGCCAUCCCUCGUCACGCCCAUCUCCUCCAAGAAGCACAUCACGCGGCUGGUGCUGCUGGACUACGUGCUGAUCCUGGCCUUCUACAGCCUCCUCUCCUUCACUGCCAUCUUCUGCUUCCACAGUGACAGUCUCUUGGACAUGUACACCCUCAACUUCACCGGCUGUGACGUGGUGCGCCUGGCGGUGGUUCGCUUCUUCCUGGGUCUCUUCCCCGUCUUCACCAUCAGCACCAAUUUCCCCAUCAUCGCUGUGACUCUGCGCAACAACUGGAAGACGCUCUUCCACCGCGAGGGGGAGAUGUACCCGUGGGUGGUCGACCGAGUUGUGUUCCCCAUCAUCACUCUGGUGCCUCCCAUCCUUGUGGCUUUCUGCACCCAUGACCUGGAGUCCCUCGUGGGCAUCACGGGAGCCUACGCCGGCAACGGAAUUCAGUAUGUCAUCCCUGCCUUCCUGGUGUACUGCAGCCGGAGAGACACGAAGCUCGUAUUUGGCCCUGGUACCGUCAACAAGCACAGAUCCCCUUUCCGAAGCACCUUCUGGGUGGGCUUCGUACUCGUCUGGGCUUUCUCUUGCUUCCUUUUUGUCACGGCCAACAUAAUCCUCAGUGAGACAAAGCUUUAACUGUGGGAACGUUUCCCAACACCUGCAGGAUUGCAGGCCCUCCCCUGUCCUCCACCUCCAUGCCCACUAUCCUUCCACCACAGGGCAGAUACUGGCAUUGCUGGUGACCAAGCCUGAUGGUUGUUACAAUGCCCAUUACCUCUCUCUACUCCCAAGACCCCAUGGACUGCUGGGUCCCCUGCGUGGUACCCUGGGUGGAAUUUAGAAGCAGUGCUGGCACUGUGACAUCUUAUUUAUACUAGACCCAAUGGGGGCUUCCCUACUCAUUCACCCCGACCUAGGCUGUGGGAUGACCCAGGUGUUUGUUUUAAGAGAUCUGUUGCAGAGGCUAACCCUCAACCCUAACCCCUCCUACCUGCUUCACCUUCACCCAGAACGUGUGUUGCUUCCUGAACUGCUAAGAAACCAAUAUAGUGAAAGCACACGUCACUUUUGCCUUAGCAUAAUGGGAAGCAAGCAGGGCCUGGAGCCACAAGGACAAGGAGGGCUGAUUAGCCUCAGGGUCCCUGGAGCAGAGCUGUGGGCACCUCUGCUGUGGAUGCUGAGUAGAGAUGAGGUCACUAAAAUACUGACCUAGUUCUAGAGUCAGGUCCAGAGCUCCUGCCUUGACUGGGGCCUUAGUGUUCCCUGGGAGGGAAAAUAAAAGGGUCCUUUCAUCUUUUCCCACAUCCCAUAGGACUUAAGUCCUCUGUUAAGUCCUCGGGGUUAAUGAGGAAGGGCAAGAAAGACAAGGGAAUCUCUGAGUCUUCGGUUUGGAGGUAUGCCAGGUUAAGGAGAUGCCGUACCCCCCUGCAGGGCAAGGGUGUUCUGGCGGCAGCCCCAUGCCAGCAUCCUCAUGCCAGCAUCCUGAGCUUGUUUCUCUGAAGCAAGUUAAGUGUGGCAUUGGGAAGGGGAGUAAGUUGGGACCACCUGAAGGACAAUCAUCUCAGACACACUUGGUGCCUUUGGUCACCUUUGGGGUGACUCUUGAAACGUCUGGCAGCUGAAAUCACAGCUUCCAGGAGGACAGUGGUGGUCCUGCGGGAGGCCAGGAUUGAGCUGAUUCACAGCAGGGAGGAUGCACCCUUCGCCAUUUUGCUAACACUGGAAAAAACACGCAGGGUGAUGGGAGGGAGCCCCAUCACCUCCACCUAGACACAAGAAUUCUGUAUCACGUACCAUCCCUUUGCUGAAGGCCAAGCUCUUCUGGAAGGAGGCCUAACCCCAUCCAUGAUUCCAGCCCCUUCUCACUGUUGUUUCCCUCUCUUCUCUACUCACCACAUUCACAACUGCUGCUGCCCUGUCAUUUUCAUAUGGACUGUAAUGAACUUUGCAUCAAAUGUGCCUUCUCCAGCAUCAGGGCCUGGGUCCUUUCUGCUGAGGUACAGUAGGGCCUAGAUUAUUUUCAUGUUCUAUGUACCCCUGUAGUCUGGGGUCAAAAGCAGUCAAAUGUAGAAAAUGGGGUUCUGUUGGGGGGGGGGGGGGGGGAGGCUUCUCUUCAAGCUGGAUCCUGAUCCCCUCCCUACAACACACCUAAUUUCAGUGCCUUGCUCAGCACCCUUUAUUUCUCCUCACCUGCAUCCCACACAUCUCCCUGUCAGGAAAAAAAAAAUCCAGUCCUUGAGGGUAGAGAUGAUCGAAAGAAGACUUCUGCCAGAGGACUGUGGGAGCAUAGGGUGAGGGAAGGAGAAUUGCCUUAAGCAAGAAGACUGGGCCAUCCGGAAGUGGAUAUGCCCCUGCUGUCAGGUCUCAGGCUGCCUGAGCCCAGUGGGGUGCUUUUGAGAAUUAGAUUGUCUUAACUGGACGUUAUCUUCUUCCAGUCCAUCAUCUUGUGUUUUGUCUCAUAGCUCAUCACUACAUGUAAUUAUUUUCCAGCCAAAUGAAAAAUAAAUGCCCCUUCCCCA